CCUGUUUGUUAAAAAGUAAACGCUUCUAUUAGUAAUCUGUAAUUGCAUUCGCGAAAGAAGCGGGAGAAAAAUGAGUGCUACGCGCAGUACGAAGAAAAAGAAUCGCUGGUCGACGACUAGCCUGGAGCUGUUGGUACGCAUCUGGAGCCAGUACUAUAAUGAACUAAAGACCUCCCGUACCCAUGACAAAAUCUACGCUCGUAUGAGGGACGAUUUAGUUCGUUUAGGAGUGAGAGCGACCGUUGACGAUGUUCGCUGCCGCAUACAGAAUCUGGCCGUCAAGUUUAAGAAGGAAGCUGCGGUUGCACACGCAUCCGGCCUUGCGCCGACAUGGCCGUUGUUUUAUAGGAUCGGUUACUUCAUGGAAUUUACAUUGCCGGAACGUCCACGGAGCGAGCCGCCAGGCAGUGCCCGGCAAACGAACGGAGUGGCCCCAUCGUCAGGGCUCGAUCUCCCGGCGGAGUCCGCGUACAUAAACGAGGAACACCUAGAUGAGGAGUAUUUGCACGACAAGGGCGAUGGCGAAGUGCUAGUGAAUGGGAUGGUGGACGCAGUGGAUCAGGCUGAGCAGGGACAAGAGCAACCGCCGGAAGAACCCGAACCGCAAAAACAACGUCGCAACGAAAAGAGGAGCCCAGCAAAGGAAACAGCUUCAUCAUCAGCAUCCUGCAGCUUCGUGCAGGAGCCAACUAUCCAAGCAACGCCGGAACCCACAUCAGACACAGAUAAUUCAUGCGACGAUGAAACCGGAUUGUACCAAAUCAAGGGCAUGUAUCGUCAGCAGCGGAUAGACGAUUUUUUUUGUAAACUCUACAGUAACCACAUGCUGACGGACGUUACACUCAUCGCCUGUCACGGCGGCGACACCGUUAUGAUGCCAGCCCAUCGGAUCGUCUUGGCUAACCUGAGCUCGUAUUUUGCCACCAUAUUCGAAAAGCUAACACCGACGACAUUGGCGGGUUCGUUGGCCAUUAUGUUGCCAUUGGAUAUUUCACCGGCUACGAUGCAACUGCUGCUGCAGUACAUGUACACGGGAAAAAUGCACAUCACUCAGGAUACCAUUGAUGAUGUAUGGCGCUGUGGAACCCAGCUCAAGAUUCAAGGGUUCUGGAGCGAAAGUCGCGGUGAGCCGAACAAACGUCCAACAUUGGGAAAGAAGCCUCAUACUGAGCGCAUGCAGGAGGAAGGGCCACAACAAGAACAGAACCAAGAUUUCGAGGAAGAGCCAGAGCCCGAGGAAGAGCAAGAACACGGGGAAGAACCAGAGUACGAGGAAGAGCAAGAGCAAAUGCUGGAAACACAUGAAUCGUCACGUGGCGAAGCCAAGCGGCGAAAUACUUACGAAGGAUCGCCACCUAGAAAAAAGCGGCCCCGGCCCCCUAUCAUUGAGGAUACGUUCAGUGAUUUAGAAAUGAUGGAAGUAUCCUCGGCAAUUGGUAGGGACCUCUUACUGUCCAAUUCAGAUGACGACGAAGACGACUCUCCAGCGAUGUCGAAUGAUGAUCGUGAUGAAUCGGACGAUGACGCGGGCAAUUCAUCUCGCGGGCAACUACACAAAAAAUCACAUCAAGAAGACGAAUACUACGGUUGCGACAAUUACUUUAGCUCCGACUCCGAUUCCGACGACUAUGGCAAUGACUAUGACGAUUUGGACGAAGACGAGGACGAAGGUGAGGACGAGGGUGAGGACGAGGAGUCCUACGACGACGGAUACGAGGAUACGACCGAUACGGAUACGAUACAAAAUGAUGUCGUCGAUCGUGAUGGGAUCAGAAUGGAGGACGAUGAGGGUGAGGAUAAUAUUAUGGGGAGCGGUGCGAAUGUGAUUCAGAAUGGUAUCGGUAUCGCCGAUGGAAGUAUCGUUGAUGAUGACAAUGAAGAACAAGGGUUAAUCGUCAAUAAUGAAGGUCAAAAUGAACAGCCGACGGAACCGAUCAGAAAUGGAGUCGAGGAGCCAGAAUCACUACCACCCGACCCGUCCUUUUCGAAACUCGAGACGUCAGAUCUAGACCCAGCAAGAGCACUACCACUGGAGGAACAAACGAUACGCGGCGAGAGGGAGCUGAGCGAACCGGAUCCAGCAGUCUUGGAAGCGGCCACGACGCUCUUUAACGCCCAAACUACGAACAGACAGUGGACCCAUCGAAACGGUUACGAAACGCCCGAAAGUAUCGCUGAAGGUGAACCACUCAGAAUCGAUGCACAUCGGGAUAUAUCGCGGCUGGAGGAGCAGAAUAUAUCGUUUUCGGAAGCGGCAACCACCAACACGUCCUGGACAUGCAAACUGUGCAGUUUUCGGUUUCCUGCAGCGGACGUUUGGAUUCAGCACGUAGUGCAGGUCCACGGAAACGACACACACAUACUCUGCAGAAAAAAAAUCGAAAAGAGGCGUGUGGUCACAAUGCUUGAUUGUGAUUUGUGUAAAGUGGGAUUGAACACCGAGUACGACUGGGUACGCCACAUACUCACCCGACACACGGAGUUGUACCCGCAUCUCUACAUGGAACAAUUUGCUUCCGUCCGGAAAUGAAACGGUACAUUGGGUAGGAAGAAGAAUCACUGAAGAGUUGGAAAGCAGACGAGAAGAUUUAUCGCACCUACGCAAAGAUGCUUAGUGUACAAAUUUAUGAACGUGUAAAGUAAUAUAAAGUUCAUGGACAGAUUUUUUAAACGUUCUAUUGUCUACACGUGUUUCGCUGAGGAAUCGGGUACCUUGGGUACCAAUAUGGGAUGUGGACUAGGGUUGUCUGUUUACCUAAAGAUGACCACAAAUAGUGUAUUAUGUGUCUUUUAGUUUUACGAUAAAACUUAAUUAACGAGCUUUCUGUCCAAGCCAUUAUUAGAGAGUAUGACAAAAGUAUUGAGAAGUUGUAAUCUCGAUUUUCGUUAAUUAUGUUGGGCACAGAAGAGAGAAAUUUCGGAGAAUUAAGAUAUUUUUAUUUUAUUAAAUAAAAGCGAAUAUUUUGAUAAUAUUACAUUUCAUUUCUUGUGGUGCCGUUUCCUGGCUCGAGUCUUCCCGCUCUUUUCGAGUUCAUCUCUCUUGAGUACGCUUUGAAAUAUGUUAACAAUACUUUUAAGGCCAACGUUUAAAACAGUAGUUGCGUGGACAAAUAUAUCCCUUU